GCGAUAAGGUAUACUGUAAUUCCACUCCACUCUGGCUCUCUCGGCCUCCAUCCCAUCACCCUUAUCGCAACGUACCAGCUCCGUUCAUGAUCGCCGCCGCGACGCUAACCCUCCGGCCAUGCGGCAGCUUCCCGUCUCGCAGCGCGGAGAGAUCUCUCACCGCGAAGGGAGCCCCUCCCAGCCGCCUCGUCGACCUUGAUCUGCUCGCCAUUGGCAAAGGGUUUGGUGAACGCGGCAGGCUUUGCAUCAGAAACUCCUCAUUUGCAGUACGAGCUGUUGCCGUGAACUCUGAUGAACUUGGUUCCUCACAUACGAUUGCUGAGGAGAAGCCAAAGCGAUAUCACUUUCUAGUAGCAAAUGCAAAAUUCAUGCUCGAUGAGGAGGAACACUUCAAAGAGCUGUUGUUUGAGAAGCGCCGAAACUAUGGGGAAAGGAACAAGGAGCAGGAUUUUUGGCUUGUCAUUGAACCCAAAUUUCUUGAUCAGUUUCCAGACAUUACAAAGAGAUUGAAAAGGCCUGCGGUCGCUUUAGUCUCCACUGAUGAUCGAUGGAUCACGUUCAUGAAAUUGAGACUAGACAGAGUUUUAUCGGGCAACUAUGAAGCAAACUCCAUAGAGGAAGCUUUGAUUUCUAACCAUGUAGACUUGCACUUUGAGAAACCAGAGAAAUGGGUUGCUCCUUAUCCAAAAUAUGAUUUUGGAUGGUGGGAACCAUUUCUACUACCUGAAUCCAGCAAAAAUGAAGCUUAGAGUAGCAUUUUUGUUUCAAACAACACAUCUGUAUGAACCAUUAAUCUAAAUCCUCCAUUGUUAGUGAACAUGAGUUGAAAACAUUUGAAGCUAAAUUCGAUUGUAAUUUUAUCUUUUUAAUGCUUGAAGCCCUGUUUUUUGAAUUUUAA